CCCCCCCUUUUUCCUCCACUUUACAACACUAAUACCCACAGUGUCAUUUACUUUGCACAUUUCUCUGAAAUAUGCUUGCACUUAAAGCAAAACAGAGGGCAGUGUGGCUCAGAAAAGUAACCUGCUGCUAUUCUGGCACAAAGUCUUCUGUACUGGGAUUUCAGCAUCAAAAUGAUUUAAAGCCAACGUUUUUGUAAUUGUCCCCUCACUAUAACAGUAAACGGCUGUGUGGAACUUGGCUGUUGCUCUGGGUAAAGGUGCCUGUGGAGUAGGAGAAUGAGGUCUCAGGUGCUUCACAACAGAGGAGCUUGGGAUUUCCUGUCUCCUGUUGAAAUGACAAACCAGUUGUUUUGGCUUUUGAAAUACUUUCCCAGGUUGAGGUGAAAAAAACAAACAUAUUGUAGAUGUUUUAAUCCUACAGGAGCUGUAAGGAAGAAAUAUUUACCACCCUCGCUUUCCCAUGGUAGACAUAUUUUCUCUGCGAACAAUAACUGUAGUUCAUGGGAGAUUAUUGGAAUGCAGAAAUAAUAGUGUGCACACUGAGGAUACGUUCUUAUACUUUGCGUCAUCUGCUGUUCAAUUGUGUAAAGGAAGUUAUUGUAUAUUGUUUGACAACUUAUUUUAUAGUUCUUUUAAUAACUCUGGAAUCGGGUUACUGUAAUCUUAGUCAUUUAUCCAUCAUCACCCUCUCCAUAAUUGUGUAUUCUCUGCACAUGGCUUUGUACUUGUUAAAACAGCAGUGCAUAUCAACGCUAAAGUGUUUGCAAUGAAUGUAUGAUUUAUGUGUCGGAUGGGCUACUGUAAUGUUUGUAUGCAAUAUUAUUCGCAUUGAUUUCUGCUGUGAUUUAUACUGUUGAUUGCUUAAAAUGAAAACAUUCCUGCCUUCUGUGAAAAGGACAGCAUCUUUUUAAUAUCAACUGCAGAUAAAAAUUCUUGUCAAUACAAAUCUGUUGACUGUGUUGACUUUGACAAAACUGUUUUUGACAUUUUAUGUAUGAUUGAUAUAUGAAUGGACGGACAGACUGAUGGAUGAACAGAUAGAUAGAUAGAUAGAUAGAUAGAUAGAUAGAUAUAGAUGAAUGGACAAAUUGAUGGAUGGAAGGAUGUACGGGUGGAUACAUAUAUCGAUUGAUGAAUGGACAGAUAGAUGGUUGGAUGGAUAGAUUGACAGAUGGAUGGACGGGUGGAGGAAUAGAUGUACUGGUGGAUGUAUGGAUGAACAGAUGGAUGGAUGGACGGAUGGAUUGAUGAACUGAUAGAUAGAUAGUGAAACGGUUUUCUUUCUUUUUUUUUUUUUUUUUACUGAUUUGUGUGAUUUUUAACUUGACUUGUUUCUAAGCUUGGUGAAGUUGGCCUGUGUUUAAAGGGAGGGCCUCCUGACUCUCUCUAAUUGGCACUCCAAUCAGCAGUGGGAGGCAGUUUUAAAGGCGUCUCCCUUCUUGCAGGCGCUUGUAAAACAAUGAACGUCUUUGAGUGUGGACAAUUUUGAAUGCAAGCAGGCUGACAAGCGGGGAAACUUGCAUUACCUUCCCCUGCGAUGAUCCCCUGACUGAAUGCGCUCAAGAGCGAAGUCAGGGAACUUUCCAUUUUGCUCUGACUUUUUUUUUUUAAUGUAAAUCCAUUUGAACUUGGCGACAACAAGCACAUUUGCAGCUCCUUCAGAUCUGCGUUUCAAGGUCUCGGAGGAAACGGGAGCGGUGAGCCAGCGCCACGAAACGGAUUAUCGACGAUCGUUCACGGCAUCACACAGCUGGUUUACUUUACACGAUCCGCCCGGGUCACUGUUAAACCGGGUUGCCCGUAAGAACAACAGAGAAAGACAAUUUUGCACAUAAUUCGAUUUAACUGCAUUAUUUGAAGAGCUUGUGGAACUGGCCCGCAAGUGUUGAGCAACUUUAAAAGCAAUGGUGGGAAGACUGAACUUGCGGAAUGCGUGUGACGAUGAUCCGCUGGAUAUGAAUUUGAAAGCUGAUCGGCCGCUGGACAGUCCUGACUCCGGUCUGCCUCCGAGUCCGAGCCCGAGUGUUUGGUUACUGCAGGGCACCGGGGCUGGAACCCCGAUUACAGAAGACGAGAACAGAGGGACAGCUGUGGUUCCUAAUAAUCGCCAGUUGCAUGCGUUGUCCUAUGGAGAAGGAAUUGAACUUGAUCCUCUGCCACUAAAAGAAAUAAGAUACACGUCGUCAGUGCGUUAUGAUUCAGAUCGGCACUUCAUCCAGUACGUGACCCUGCAGCCCAAGGGUUUGGGUCUGGAGAUGUGCAGCCAGACGGUGUUGGCCCUGCCUCAGAGCACCUGGAGACAUUACAAGACCCAGCUGGAGUUCCAGCCCCGUCAGCGGGUGCAGCGCUACCAGAGCACCACUAUAGUGUACCCCAAACACACCCGGACCUUCUACACCACCCAGCUCAAUUAUGAUGGGCAUAAGCUGACCAAGCGCUUCUUCUCUGCUGUAGAGCUGCAGGCUUCUGAUUGCCAGGCUGGUCUUUGAAAGACACUCGGUCAUCUGUGCCUGACAUUACACCCCCAUAUGUACCAAUUAUAAACCACCGCCUGCAUUCAUCCCAAGUCCCAAGAGGAAAAAAAGGAAACUCGGACUGAAAUUGUUGACAGUUGGAAAGGGGAUCCCUAGACAGAUGUGCAGUUUUAGUUUGUUUUAGGCUGAAGGAGAGUAAGCAACUGUGUUGCUCUGUUUGAAGGUUUGGUUAGGAGCAGCGUAUGGAGAUUUGUAUGGGUUUUCUCCAUCAGUUCUCAAUGGUAAUGUACAGAAAUGGUUUUUAAUUGUAUGUAGGAAUGUGGUUGAUUAUUUAAUAGUGAGAUUCAAGUUUCAGAUAUUCUGUGCUGAUCUUGGACCAUCAUUGGUUUGAAGGUUAGAUUUAAUGUUGACACAUAGUUGGCCGAUAUAGAGAUAUGUGAUUUACUUGAGAGCACUUAUUUACCCCAUCAUAAAUUGAGUAUUAGAAUAAUACAAUAGUGGAUUUUAGGACUGGGCAGGGACGCGGGAAGUAGAGGUGCUGAGGGGGCUGCAGCACCCCCUGUUUUCACAUGGUUGCA